GUGCAUACCGGGGUGUUGGUGACUUCGAAGGCACCCGGCGGGAUCGAUCCUCUCUGCGUCCUGGCCCUGGUGCUGGUGUGUUUCGGGGAAGUUACUGCUUAUGAACCCAUCUUGGAGUGUGGCCUGGGGGCAGGAAGGCUCCUGCGCUGGGACCCCUCGGUACCCCUCGGUCGCGAUACCCCUCGAAUGUUCGUGGCAUCAGAGAGAAAGAUGAGAGCUCACCAGGUGCUCACCUUCCUCCUGCUCUUUGUGAUCACCUCGGUGGCCUCUGAAAACGCCAGCACGUCCCGAGGGUGCGGGCUGGACCUCCUCCCUCAGUACGUGUCCCUGUGCGACCUGGACGCCAUCUGGGGCAUCGUGGUGGAGGCGGUGGCCGGGGCGGGCGCCCUGAUCACACUGCUCCUGAUGCUCAUCCUCCUGGUGCGGCUGCCCUUCAUCAAGGAGAAGGAGAAGAAGAGCCCCGUGGGCCUCCACUUUCUUUUCCUCCUGGGGACCCUGGGCCUCUUCGGGCUGACGUUCGCCUUCAUCAUCCAGGAGGACGAGACCAUCUGCUCCGUCCGCCGCUUCCUCUGGGGCGUCCUCUUUGCGCUCUGCUUCUCCUGCCUGCUGAGCCAGGCGUGGCGCGUGCGGAGGCUGGUGCGGCACGGCACGGGCCCCGCGGGCUGGCAGCUGGUGGGCCUGGCGCUGUGCCUGAUGCUGGUACAAGUCAUCAUCGCUGUGGAGUGGCUGGUGCUCACCGUGCUGCGCGACACGAGGCCGGCCUGCGCCUAUGAGCCCAUGGACUUUGUGAUGGCCCUCAUCUACGACAUGGUACUACUGGUGGUCACCCUGGGGCUGGCCCUCUUCACUCUGUGCGGCAAGUUCAAGAGGUGGAAGCUGAACGGGGCCUUCCUCCUCAUCACAGCCUUCCUCUCUGUGCUCAUCUGGGUGGCCUGGAUGACCAUGUACCUCUUCGGCAAUGUCAAGCUGCAGCAGGGAGAUGCCUGGAACGACCCCACCUUGGCCAUCACGCUGGCGGCCAGCGGCUGGGUCUUCGUCAUCUUCCACGCCAUCCCUGAGGUCCACUGCACCCUUCUGCCGGCCCUGCAGGAGAACACGCCCAACUACUUCGACACGUCGCAGCCCAGGAUGCGCGAGACAGCCUUCGAGGAGGACGUGCAGCUGCCGCGGGCCUAUAUGGAAAACAAGGCCUUCUCCAUGGAUGAACACAAUGCAGCUCUCCGAACAGCAGGAUUUCCCAACGGCAGCUUGGGAAAAAGACCGAGUGGCAGCUUGGGGAAAAGACCCAGCGCUCCGUUUAGAAGCAACGUGUAUCAGCCAACUGAGAUGGCCGUCGUGCUCAACGGUGGCACUAUCCCAACUGCUCCGCCAAGUCACACAGGAAGACACCUUUGGUGAAAGACUUUAAGUUCCAGAGAAUCAGAAUCUCUCUUACCGAUUUCCCUCCCUGGCUGUGUCUUUCUUGAGGGAGAAAUCGGUAACAGUAGCCGAACCAGGCCGCCUCACAGCCAGGAAAUUUGGAAAUCCUAGCCAAGGGGAUUUCGUGUAAAUGUGAACACUGACGAACUGAAAAGCUAACACCGACUGCCCGCCCCUCCCCUGCCACACACACAGACACGUAAUACCAGACCAACCUCAAUCCCCGCAAACUAAAGCAAAGCUAAUUGCAAAUAGUAUUAGGCUCACUCGAAAGUGUGGCUGGGAAGACUGUUUCAUCCUCUGGGGGUAGAACAGAACCAAAUUCACAGCUGGUGGGCCAGGCUGGUGUUGGUUGGAGGUGGGGGGCUCCCACUCUAUCACCCCUCCCCAGCAAGUGCUGGACCCCAGGUGGCCUCUUGGAGAUGACCGUUGCGUUGAGGAAGACAAAUGGGGACUUUGCCAUCGGCUUGCCUGGUGGUUUGCACAUUUCAGGGGGGCCAAGAGAGUUGAGGUAGUGAGCGGGAUUCCAGGGCGAGGCCCAACUGAAUCGUGGGGUGAGCUUUAUAGCCAGUAGAGGUGGAGGGACCCUGGCAUGUGCCAAAGAAGAGGCCCUCUGGGAGAUGAAGUGACCAUCACAUUUGGAAAGUGAUCAACCACUGUUCCUUCUAUGGGGCUCUUGCUCUAGCAUCUAUGGCGAGAACACAGGCCCCACCCCCUUCCCUUGUAGAGCCAUAGAAAUAUUCUGGCUUGGGGCAGCAGUCCCUUCUUCCCUUGAUCAUCUCGCCCUGUUCCUACACUUACGGGUGUUUCUCCAAACCCUUUCCCAAUUUUAUUCCCUUGUUCAUUUCAAGAGCUCCAAUGCGGUCACCAGCUGAAAGCACCUCCAGGAGGGAGGUUGGAAGGCAGGCACCACGGCAGGUUUUCUGUGAUGAUGUCACCUAGUAGGGCUUCCGGGGUGCCCACUAGGAUACAGAGAUGACCUCCCGCUGCCUUGCAAGCAGUGACACCUCGGGUCCUUUCCAUUGAUAUGGUGAAAGUUCCCGGGUAGAAUGGAUCACAUGAGGGUUUCUUGUUGCUUUUGGAGGGUAUGGGGGAUAUUUUGUUUUGGUUUUUCUGCAGGUUCCAUGAAAACGGCCCUUUUCCAAGCCCAUUGUUUCUGUCAUGGUUUCCAUCUGUCCUGAGCAAGUCAUUCCUUUGUUAUUUAGCAUUUCGAACAUCUCGGCCAUUCAAAGCCCCCAUGUUCUCUGCACUGUUUGGCCAGCAUAACCUCUAGCAUCGAUUCAAAGCAAAGAGUUUUAACCUGACGGCAUGGAAUGUAUACAUGAGGGUGGGUCCUUCUGCAGAUACUCUAAUCGCUACAUUGCUUUUUCUAUCAAACUACCCAUAAGCCUUUAACCUUUAAAGAAAAAUGAAAAAGGUUAGUGUUUGGGGGCCGGGGGAGAACUGACCUCUUCAUAAGCCAGUACGUCUGAGCUGAGUAUGUUUUAAUAAACCUUUUGAUACUUCUCAAGGCCCUAGUCUCUGCUGUCUCCCCUCCCCACCCCAUCCUUGCAAAGCACUGGGGAAAAUAAGGCCAAUCUGGCCUUCCCUGUGUGGCCCUUCUUGGAGUUUUCCUUAACAGCUAGUGCAUUUCCUUGUGUUACCACGCAUGGGGAAGAAAACGCAUGGCCCCAGAAUGCCGCCCCCACCUGACCUCCCCGGAAGCGCCCCGCCUCUGCCCAGAGCAUGUGCUUGCUUCUAGAGAAUCCCGUUCCAGUCAUUGCGUGGACUGAAAACGUAAGAGUCCUGGGGAGGGGUGGGAGGGAAUGAAGCUAGGACCUGGGGUGGGGGUGGGGGCGGUUGCAUGCAGACCUGGUGUUCUGAAAAGAAAGAAAUCUUCAAACACCUCGGUCCCGUCCGGUGAAAAACGACAGCAUUACACAUUCUCGUGCCAGGAAAUGGUUACUCACCCCCGCUCUCUGGAGUCCUUUGGAGCUUUCUGAUACCAUUCACACGAUGGAGCAAUUCACACGUUCGUUUUCUAAGUUCUUUAUUGUCCAAGCAUAUAAGGUGAGCACAGCACAAAUGGCUGCCAUGGAAAGUCAUGCUUCCCCAACCUAAGAACAGAGCCAUCUUUGAGCCAUGGGAAGCCUCACUUAAUGAGACCUUUACCCCCCUUUUAAAUCUGAUAUGUUAUUGCACUUAGGGUUUUGUUUUAUUUUAGCUUUUAAGGUUGAGAGUGGGCUGAACCCCUUCAUAAUGGGGGCGGAGGUGGGAGUGGGGGAGAAGGGAGAGAGCUGUUCUUUUUCUAAAGAAUUCACCUGAAAAGUACCAAGAGGCAUCUUUGCCAAGACUGUAGCAGCCAGCUGCCCCCCGUGGAGCAAGGUUUAAAGACAAAAUUAAAUGGCACCUCUCUUUAAGAUCUGUUUGUGUAAACAAGACUUGUUUAGGGAAAACGACCUGGAAGGACAGCAUCUGUGAUCAAAAUCUCUCAUUGUAAGCACAAAUCGUUCCGUGUCUGGUUAUUAACAUCACUUUGGGACUAUAACAGCCACUCUUGUCCCCCCUUUUAAUAGAAAAUUGUCAUUCUAGCCUGGAUUUCUCCCCACUGGAGAUGGAGGGUGGGAAGAGAGGGAGUCAGCUCUGACAGCUUACAAACUGGGAAGUUCUGUGCAUCUCCAGGGUUUCCAGAGUUGAAGAUCCAGUUGUUGGAAGUUGGGCACCCAGUGCUUUUUUUUUUUUUUUAGCCCGGAUGCCGUCAGGGCCCACUGAACAAGGGUGAAUUCGGGUGGUGGUCUUGGUUGGCCAAGGCUGAGUUGAACGCCUCAGGCCAAACCCCAAGCUGAAAGGGAGCAUUGUGGCUUUUAUAAUCCAAUGAUGCAAUGAUGAUACCAGCUUACAGGAGUCCUCAGCAGGUGCUUUUUAUUAAUUGAUGAAGAGCUAAGGCUCAUUUUUGAUAGAUAAUAUAUAUUUAUUAAAUGCAUUAAUGUGUGUUUUAUAAUGUAACUUUAUCUUCCCCCUGGCUGACUGUUGCUGACUUAUAAAAAAGAAGUUAAAGAAAUUUCAAGACAAUCAAUAUGUACCAUAAAUGACUAUAUAAAUAUUACAAAUUUAAAAGGUUGUAAAGCAUGGGCAGAUAGGUUUUAUUUUCAAAAUGCUGUUCUUAACACAAAAAUAAAGGCUUUACUAUUUACUUAAGACGUGUGGUAGCUUGUGAAAACAACUCAAUGCAACUAACUACUAGGCUUUCGGAUCUGCCCUGAGGCUCAGUCUGUGGCAUUUUAAAUGGGAGAAUCUUGGUUAAUGGCAAACCACAGAACAAAUUAAGAUAAUAAGCUUAUUUACCCAUAAAAGCAGAAACUUUCUAUAUACUACUUUGGGACUUAGACAACAGAAAUCCUUUGUUACAUCUGUCUGGGUUUAAGUGUCUCAUCUUGUUGGGUUUGCAGUAAAAGUUAAGGGGUGGUCUCCUUUGGAAAUGAUCAUAAGUAUAAGGUCUUUUGUUAUAAAAAGAGUAGUCAGUCACUAGGUAAACUUAAAACCAAAUUCAGAGGUUGGGGACUUAAAUUAGAAUAUGGAUCUUUGCAAAAGCGGCCAAAAGUGGGAAAACUGGUAAUAAGAGCACUUCUGUAUCCCUUGGGACUAGAGUUCAUUGUACAUUUUAACAGCAGCUGGUGUAGAAGGAUACACCUGAGGCACUGAAGAAAUAAUCUGGAUGAAUGAAUAAAAUGUGAGGAUAAUGCAGAA